CCCAAUUUUUUUCAAAAAAAGAAAAAAAAAACAAAAAACAAAAAACCCUAAUUAUGGCAAUAUUCAAACCUCUUUAUCUUCUAACCCUAAUCUUCAUCUUUGUCCUAAUUUGUCCCAUUGCUCAUUCCAUAAUAGAUCUUUCGAAAUCGCCAUUCAACUUUAUCGAAAACCUUCAAGGAUGCCACCAAGGCAACUCAACCCAAGGUGUUAAUAAGCUCAAACUCUACCUACAAGAAUUUGGCUAUCUCAAGUAUGAUAACCAAAUCGACAACGAUGUAUUUGACGCCAACCUUGAAUCCGCCCUAAAACUCUACCAAGAAAAUUUCAACCUUAGGCCCACCGGCACAUUGGAUGCCGCAACAGUAGCUCAAAUGACCGCCCCACGGUGUGGAGUCCCCGACAUCAUCGAUGGAGAGAACACAAUGCUAGAACAUAACCAUUACCAUGCAUCGUCUAAAUCCAUCCACACCGUUGCACAUUAUACCUUCUUCCCCAAUCGCCCACGUUGGCCAUGUAAUAAAGCGCGUUUAUCCUACAGGUUCAUCCCCAACACUCGUCCAGAUGCAAUUACGGCGGUAGAUCAAGCAUUCCAACAAUGGGAUAUUUAUACACGGUUCAGCUUCUUUCGUGUUUCUAGUGCACCAUCGGAUAUUGUCAUCGGGUUUUACUCAGGGAACCAUGGAGACGGGGCCCCAUUCGACGGGCCAGGGGGAGUCUUAGCCCAUGCCUUUGCGCCAACUAAUGGAUGGUUUCAUUACGACGCAGCUGAAAAUUGGGUAAAUGGAGCUGUUCCUAAUGGAUUCGACAUGAAAACUGUCGCGAUACACGAGAUUGGGCAUUUGUUGGGGCUCGGACACAGCCAAUAUCAGUCUGCAAUCAUGUUCCCUUCCAUCUCAUCUGGAACAACCAAAGGUAUUGGCCAGGAUGAUAUUGAUGGAAUACGUGAUUUAUACAGAGCAUGCCCGUAAUCAAACAAGUAACCUUAAUUGGGAUGAAGAUAAAAAAUAACUGCUUGAUGCUAUAUCGAACAACAACUGAAUAAAAAAUAUAGAACAUGUAUACAAGUUAUACUAACACGUACAUGUGUUGUGGCAAUAAGAUAUAUAUAUAUAUAUAUAUAUAAUUUAUGUAUGGAUAUAGUGUGAAAACUUGUGUGUUAUAUGUUUGUGUCAUGUGGUCGAGUGUUUAAGAAUUAAUGGUAUAUUUUGCAUCUUUAUAAAGAUGUAAAUAACAUUAGUUUCUUGUUGAAUAUAGAUGUUAAAUAAAACACCUUGUGUUGUUUUCUUCUCUCUUUCUAUGUAUUUCUUAUGUUACA